AUGAAGUUCGAUCGCAUUUCCCUCGCAGCGUGGUCUUUUGUGUUUGUAAUUUAUUUACUCUGUGACUCAGAGGCUCUUUUUAAAUUCACCAAUAUCAAGUGCAACUGUUUUGAGCAAUCCUUCUGCGAGUUUAAGAAAUGUGAACUAAAGGUCCUGGGUCGCGGCAUAGUGGGUCUGAAUUUGUACGCUAAAGUCAACAAGUUGCCCAUUAAGAAGGCAAAGGUUGUUCUGGCCCUGUUCCGAAGGUUCAAUGGCUAUAGACCAUUCCUAUUCAAUGUCAGCGUGGAUCUUUGCUUCUUUUUAAAGCACAAAAAACGAUUUCCCUUUGUCAACAUGGUUUACGAAGGCAUCCAAAACUUUACAAAUGCCAAUCACAGCUGCCCCAUUAAUCACGACAUAAUUGUAGAUCACAUGGUUCUGGAUGACAAAAUGAUCAGUAAGGCCCCGGUUCCCAAUGGAUUUUACAAGCUCUCCAUUAAUGUACAAACGGAUGGGGUUUGGCGUGACGAAGUAGACGUCCAUGCUGAGGUUAACCUGGGGUUUGAACGCUGAUUCAAGCUAUAUGUUUAAUAAUUCCCAUCAAAAGCCAUUUAAAAAUAAAAAAUACUCCCAACUUUGUUGUUCUACUUAUGAUCAAACAGUCGAAGCAUGACUCUAAUGGUUUUUUAAUAACUAUAGCUACAUUUUAAUAACAUCUG